AUGGCAGAGAACGAAGCAGCAUGGAUUACCGCUCCGGCAGAAAAUCCAUUUAGAGUUGAGAGUGCCCCAAAGCCAAAACCAGGACCUGGUAAGGUGGUAAUCAGGAAUAGUGCCGUUGCCAUUAAUCCCGUCCAUUGGAAAGUUCACUUAGGACGCUAUCUGAAUACGUAUCCUUUCAUCCUAGGACAGGACGCAGGUGGUGUCGUCGAGGAUGUUGGCAGUGGCGUGACCAGGUUCAAGAAAGGCCAAUGGGUGAUUGCCCACUACAACGGCCUUAUGACGCAGAGCCCUGCAAAUGGCGCAUUUCAAUUAUAUCCGGCUACUGAUGAGGCACUUGUUGCCGAAAUCCCGGAUUCUCUUGCAUUCGAGCAGGCUGCUGUGCUUCCACUGGCUGUCUCACCCGCCAGCGCUGAUAACGUCAAAAACACUGGCCAAGUACUUCUGGUGUGGGGUGGUGCAUCCUCCGUUGAUGCAACCGCCAUUCAGCUUGCAGUCGCAUCUGGCUUAACCUUAUUCGCUACGGCUUCUGAAGCGAAUAGAGAGUUCCUUAAGUCACUUGGUGCAGAUACCAUCUUUGACUACAGGUCUCCUACUGUUGUGGAAGAUAUUACAGACGCUCUCAAAGGCACCACACUCGCUGGCGUAUAUGGUGCAGUUUCCGAAGGGCCGAGCUCACCGUCAUUUCCAAGAUUCUUGACCGAGUUAACACAACCGAUACAGAAUAAUACCCUUAACAGGCACCCCUACACUGUAGUGACUGCCAUAUUAUAG